CUAUAGUGCCGCUUUAAGAGUUUACAACCUCACAAUCAUUCCCAGACUUUGGCUUUUAGACGUAUGACUAACGAUAGGAUGGUCCACUGAAAGUUGUUUUUGGAAGUUUUAAGGCGAUUUGAAAAAAAGCGAGGCGAUAUUUCCUUCCUUGUACCCCCUUGAAGACGCACCCGUUUGGACUCUACCGAUUUACCGCAAUAAGAAAGGAUGUAUCGAAACUUUGGGAGUCAAGGGAGAGGCAACCCGACGUACACAGGCAGCGUCUCUGGGUCAAACUCUCAGGGAACCUCCAACACUACAAUUACACAGCAGGAGCAGAAGUUUACAAUGGCUGGCAGCAGUCAGUUUGUACCAAGCCUAAAUGCCAUCACAACCAACCAGGACCUCCAGUGGUUGGUCCAGCCCUCCCUCAUGCAUCCACCGGGCCCUUCCCGAUCUCCAGUACCUCCCUACCCAACCCUCUCAGGGGCACGGCCUCUGGGUCCACCACCUUCCCAUUCCCAUCUAUUCAGACCAGGGGUCAUAAGAGCAGCCGCAAACACUACUGCAUCGACAAGGCGCAGGACCGAUGAAUAUUUAUCCCAGGAAGAGAUGCAGAGACGUAGAAUACGAAGGGAGAGGAAUAAGCUGGCAGCAGCAAAAUGUCGCAAUCGCCGUCGGGAGCUGACAGACACACUGCAAACUGAGACUGACCAGCUGGAGGAUGAUAAGUCCAAGUUACAGAAGGAAAUAGCUGAUUUACAAAAGGAGAAAGACAAGCUUGAGCUGGUCCUGGAGGCUCACCGUCCCAUUUGUAAAAUUGAGGACUCAGAUUCCGAUUCUGACCCAAAUCCACCAACUUCCUCUUUGGGAGGCAUCAAACUAGAGCCACAGGAGUUCAGCAGACCCAGACCCGGACCCUCGACCAAACUGCCACCAAAGACAGAGAAGCCUAAACCAAAGAUAACCAUCCCCACCAAGCAUGUGACAUCGGCUGCCUCUGCCACUGAAUCAGAGUCUCUCCACACCCCGGUUCUCACAUCUACUCCCUCUCUCCUAACCUUCACAGCUGGUAUGGUCUUCACCUAUCCCUCUGCCUCUUUAGACACCAGCGCCUCCAUCACAUCCCAUGCUUCAUCACACCACGGAAACAGCCAACAGUCUCAAGCCCCACAGCCCUGUGGGAUAGCUCAUCGCCGCAGCAGCAGCAGUGGAGACCAAUCGGAUCACUCGCUGCACUCCCCGACCAUCCUCACUCUGUGAAUGACUGCCGUGUCGUCCUGGCAAAACACUAAUGUUGAUUUCAUCAUGAGUGACAAAAAGGAUCUCUGGGAAACAUGAGGGAAACGAAAAAUGAUGAUUGUGAUAACCAUUUCAAAAUGAGCUGUGUGCAUCUGGGUCAUUUCUUCUCUUUAGAAAGAUGAUUCUUUACUUAGAUAAUGUGCAAAUUAGGAUAAGAAUGUUACAUACUUUUAAGUGUUGAUAAAAAUAUAAAGUCUUUAUAUUUCUUAUUUUAAAAGCUAUAACAUAGAAUGAGUUUGUUUGAGGUUCAAAACAAAGCAUUGCAUGCAGAAUUAUAUAAUAAUACAACUGUGAUAACUCCAUCUAAUAAUAUAUUAACAGCGAUAAUUCAGUAUAAUAAUGCAUUUAAUAACUUUUUACAUUGUUACGUCAUGUUAUGUAACUUUUUAUGAACUUCCUCACCAAGGGAAAUAGAGUACUUAUUAGUAAAUGGUCCUUAUUUUUGUAUGAAUCUUUUAUCAAUCCUAAUAUUGUCUAUGCAAAUAUUUGACCACUAAGGCUGGGCCAUAGGAGUUAACAUAGAUUAUAUUACCACAUAUUUAUUCUUGAGAGUGUAAUAUAUUUUUGGUAACGUUUUUAUUGUCUCUGACAGAUGAACUGUUUUGGUGGGCAGUGCCUUACUUUAAUCUAUUGUUAAAGCUGUACUACUUCACAUUUAAUAAAGAGCAAAGGUUCAUAACUGUGUGAAAUUUGUGAUGGUGUAAUAUCAUUAUUGUAAAAAAAAAAAAAAA